UUCGGUUUAAAACGAAAGCAGGCCCACAGCGUCAAACAGGCGUUCAUUAAGAGCAGAUGCGCAGCUCCUCUGAGGCUCGCUCAGAAAGGUGCGCAGGGAUAGAAGUUCUCCUGGCUUUUCCUUCGUGUAUAUUUGCAUGAGUCUGAACAUCUGAGCGCUUUUCUGAUCAGAGACAAAAAGGGAAACAGGGCAAUGGUUUGAUUUGAUCGUCGCCCGUUUCCUCCCUUUAGAUAUUGGAGUUUCUCACUUUGGUUUGUCUGAUAUAAUUAGUUUUUUUUUUUCCUCUGGACGUGGCCAAAGUUGCGCUGUCACCUGAACCUGGUUCAGUUGAUGCCGAGUCUUAUUACAAUGAGCGUUGACCACCAGUCGGUUGCCGCAGCGCCGCUGGAUCUGAGCACCACAGCUCGAGGGCGCAGGAGCGCGGGGGACUUAACCUUUUGCGCCGGGGACGCCCGCGCGACCGGCGGCUCACCUGCGCCUCCUGCGAGCACCGGGACGGACAGUUCAGCGGUUCGCCGCUCCCCGGACGCGAAAAGCACUCUGCUCGGCAAACGAGCAGCGGACUCAUCUCCCACAAAGACUCCAUCGAAGCUUCCUUUUAGGAAGCGCACGUUUCACGUCGAACCGGAGGUCCAGAAGCCGGCUGCGCCGAUUUCAGAGGCGAGCUCACCCUGCUCUUCCCCCGCAGAGGAGCAGAAAGUCCGGAAGAGUGGGGAUAGUCGCUUGGAGAGCAGCGAUGAAAGCAGGUUCGCCGUUGCGCCGGUGACGCACAGGCGGACCGACCAAGUAGCUCCCAGUCCGGAAGGCUAUUCCUGCUGCAUUUUGCCCAUUAUUAAUUACGGUCACUACCCAGUGUGCCUGACCCCCUUUCCAGAGCCACAUCACACGCGAGUCCAUCAGACUGACAACCUGCUGGCAGGAAUUUCUCUGGCCACACGUCAGGAUGAAGACGGAGACACUGCCCUCCAUAUAGCUGUGGUUCAAGGGGAACUGCCCAUCGUCCACAAACUCAUCCACUUGUUGGGGUUGGCUCGAAGAGGCCUCGAUAUCUACAAUAAUCUUCGUCAGACUCCUCUUCAUCUGGCAGUGAUAACCAAGCAAGCAAACAUGGUGGACGUUUUGUUGAGAGCAGGGGCCGACCCUGCUGUCUUGGACCGUCACGGCCAAACAGCACUCCAUCUCUGCUGUGAAUAUCAGCUGCUCGAAUGCCUACCUGUACUACUGUCUUUCUCCUCAUCUUCACCCUGCCUGGAAAUCAGAAACUUUGAAGGUCUGAGUCCUCUUCAUUUGGCUGUGCUGCAAGGCCAUAAAAAUUUGGCAAAAAUGCUGCUGGAUGCAGGAGCAGACAUCAACGCGAUGGACAUUAAGAGUGGCCAGAGUCCUCUUAUGCAUGCUGUGGAAAGCAAUAAUGCAGAUAUGGUGCACUUCCUCAUUGAGAAUGGCUGUGACGUCAACAGCCAGUCGUACAGCGGGAACACGGCCCUGCACAUCGCCUGCGGCCGAGGUCAAGUGGAUACCGUCCGGCUGCUGCUGAAGAGCGGAGCAGACAGUAGUCUCAAGAACUACCACAAUGAUACGCCAGUGAUGGUGGCCAAAAUAACAAAGAAAAUAACAGAUGUGUUACGAGGAAGAGGAUCCAAGCAGAUCAGAGUUCAAGAGCAGCCUUGUGUGUCGGUGUCACCGCAUCAGAGUUGCUAUAUGGAAAAUGGAUCCCCUUCUUCAAACCACAGUCGUGGAUCUUCACCUCCAACUACGCCACACAACUUCCUUCCUAGUGCUUCCCAUCCCCUAAAGACUUCGUCUGCACUAUUUUAGCUCAGUGCAAUAUUUCCAGUGGAUCUCACAACUACCUCCACACAGUUAAUCAUCAAACUCAGGGCAUUCAGCAAAGAAAUUGCCUCAUAUGAGGAAAAACUGGAAAAUAUCAGCAUUAGACUCAACACUGGACCACAUCCCAAAUGUGGCCUUCGCUGAGCUUUUAAUGCCUUGCCAGAUGCCUCAUCUGGGAAGGCAUGUUCAAAUCAUACAGCUGCUGUUUUUGACAUAUAUCUUGUGAAUAUAAAAAUAAAACUUCUGGGUAAUGCUGACAUAAAAAAAUGAAGAGUUUCCUCUUUUCCAAGUCGGCAUGAACAGAAAUGGGAAACUGCAUGUAAACAAGCUUGAAUGUAGAAGAUUUUUUUUUCUUUUAGUUACUUGCACAUAUUUGUAAAAUAUAUAUAAUAAUUCUUAAUGAAAUCGGAAUUCCUGCCUUUUAUUUUUGAUACAUAUCUGACCAUAAACUUAACAUAAUAGGAAAUGAAAGAGGCUUUAAAGAACAUACAGGGCUGCAAAGUUUAUUUGAAGAUCCCAGUAUUCCUUUUGUGAAUGUUGCUUUCAUUACUGACUGUAAAGAAACAAAUCCCUCUGUAUUUCAGCAAGUGAGAUUGGAAAUGGUAUCUUGUUUCAGUGUUAUUGUUUGUAUGCCUGUAUCUAUUUUUCUAUCUUGUCAAAAGUUAUUGACUAUUUGUUAUAAAGUUUGUUCAACAUUUU